GCUUUUGUUAUUUGAACUUCAAAUUUGCUCGAGUUCGCUUCGUCGUCGUCGUCGUUGAGUCGCCAGCGAAACGCGCGCGUUUUCUUAGCGUUUUCUGCAGCAGCCGCGUUUUUGUGUGUUUUUGUGUGACUUUUGCUUACAAGUGCUGACGCAAGUGCCGCCUGAGCGAGUUAGUGGAACCAAACCGAACCGAUCCCGUACGCGUUUGUUGCAUCACGAAUUGAGAAUGAAGAUGCAACAUCGACUUAUCUGCCUGGCGCUGAUCGCCCUCAGUUCCUCUGCCCUGGCACAGGACUACCAAGGAGGCUACGACUAUCCAGUGCCGAAGGUUUCCUUUACGGAUGGCUUCCCACCGCCAGCACCCAAAGUGAGCAGCGGAUAUUCGUAUCCAAAGCCAGUGGUGCCAUUCCAACCGGAGCUGCCAAAGUACAGGCCGCCGGUGCAGCAGAUCAUUCCACAGGAGCCGAAACUGGUUCAGGGAUACUCCUACCCGAAGCCAGCGGUGCCAUUCCCACCACCGACGUCAGGAUACGCUUAUCCCACGCCAUCCAUUCCCUUCCCACCACCACCACCCAGCAAUCCUCCACCACAGCCGAAACAGGGCUAUGACUAUCCCAAACCCAGCAUCCCAUUCCCACCUCCCACACUCCCACCCCAGAAAUACCUGCCUCCUGUGACGACUGCGAUCCCACCGCAGCCCAAGUAUCUGCCUCCUCCGCAACCAACCAACCCACCGCAGCCCAAGUACCUGCCACCACCUCAGCAGAAGCAGGGCUAUGACUAUCCCAAGCCAGCCAUUCCCUUCCCACCACCGACGAAUCCACCACAGAAGUACCUGCCACCAGUGACGCCCACGAAGCCCCCACAGCCGAAAUACUUGCCUCCAGUCAUCAAGCCAACACUGCCACCCCAGCCAAAGUACCUGCCGCCACCACCUCAGCCGAAACAGGGCUACGAGUACCCAAAACCCAUCGUUCCAUUCCCACCGCCAACGAAUCCACCACAGGUCAAACAGGGAUACGAUUAUCCAAAGCCAGCCAUUCCAUUCCCACCGCCCACCAAUCCUCCACAGAAAUACCUUCCUCCCGUUAUCCCAACGAAGCCACCGCAACCCAAGUACUUGCCUCCCGUGAAGCCCACAAACCCACCACAGCCUAAAUACCUGCCACCUCCUCCUCAGCCCAAAACGGGUUAUGAGUAUCCCAAGCCCGUCGUUCCAUUCCCACCACCACAGAAAUAUUUGCCACCUGCAACUACCACACAGCCACCACAGCCCAAAUACUUGCCCCCCGUCCAAGCCACUUUCCCGCCCCAGCCUAAAUAUCUGCCACCUCCGCAAGUGAAACAGGGAUACGAUUACCCCAAGCCCGUCAUUCCAUUCCCACCGCCAACGAAUCCACCACAGAAAUAUUUGCCUCCUCCCGUUAGCACAGCUCCUCCACCACCACCACCUAAGUACUUGCCGCCUAGGCCAACCAGCCCACCACAGCCCAAGUACCUUCCCCCUCCCCAACCAACCAACCCACCACAGCCCAAGUACCUUCCACCUCCCCAGCCCAAACAGGGCUAUGAGUACCCCAAGCCCGCCAUCCCAUUCCCACCUCCAACUAACCCACCACAGAAAUACUUGCCACCCGUUAGGGUAACCAUUCCCCCACAGCCCAAGUACCUGCCACCUCCCCAACCUACCAACCCACCAAAACCUAAAUAUCUGCCACCCCCGCAGCCCAAACAGGGCUACGAGUACCCAAAACCUGCAAUUCCCUUCCCAGCUCCCACACUCCCACCACAGAAAUACUUGCCACCCACCACCACCACCACACCUGCACCACAGCCCAAGUACCUGCCACCUCCCCAGCCCAAACAGGGCUACGAGUACCCCAAGCCAGCCAUCCCAUUCCCACCACCCACAAAUCCACCACAGAAAUAUCUCCCUCCCGUUGUGCCCACCAGCCCGCCACAACCCAAGUACCUUCCCCCACCCCAGCCGAAGCAGGGAUACGAGUAUCCCACACCAGUCAUUCCCUUCCCCCCUCCCGCACCCAAGACCGAUGGUUACUCCUAUCCGAAGCCAGCGAUCGCCUUUGAUUUCUGAUCCCUCAUAUCCAUCACCACCCUCCAACCCACACCACUGAUCAAAUGACACGAUUGCCUCUGUGUGCGCAUAGUGAUCCUUAGGAACGUACGAAAUUGAAUAUUUGUAAUUUAACUGUAAUAAUUUAAUUUAAAACCUAAUUUUAAUGAUAAACAAGGGUCCUGCCCGCGAACUCUACGAUCGAACUUAGUCAUUAAAAUAUGUUUAUUAAAUUUAUGUUUUAAAGAUUACGCAGCGCUGACGAAAUUAAACGACCUUUGUGAAUGU